GAGCGCGUGAGCCGCGUCCUGCGCGAGAAAUUCCCCCGCGCCUCCGCCAUCCGCGUGGUGGACAUCUCGGGCGGCUGCGGGGCCAUGUAUGAGAUCCACAUCGAAUCGGAGGAGUUCCGGGAGAAGCGGAUAGUGCAGCAGCAUCAGAUGGUGAAUCAGGCGCUGAGCGAGGAGAUCAAGAGCAUGCAUGGGCUGCGCAUCUUCACCUCCGUGCCCAAAUCCUGAUGGAGCUGAGCGCUGCAGAAGGGGGUGUAGGGGGGGGCUGCAGGGGGUGACCUGCCCAAUAAACGUGUAGCUGCAU